UUAAUUGUUGAUUUGAUUUGAUUACUUUCGAUUUCCAUGUUUUGGUAGAAAUGUAAAAGAAUCGAUUUGUCUAGCCUUGCGAAGUUAUUAUGAGCGGCGACCGAAGUCCGGGAAGUCCAUUAGACAUCGGCGACACCGAACAAGCGGUUCUAAUGGAUCCUAUUGACCACGAAAGGGCAAGGUACCCUUACUGCAUAGUUUGGACUCCUAUCCCUGUUUUAACAUGGAUCUUCCCCUUCCUUGGCCACAUGGGCAUUUGUAUGUCCAACGGUGUGAUCCGAGACUUUGCUGGGCCAUACUUCGUGUCGGAAGACUUGAUGGCGUUUGGCAAUCCCACCAAGUACUGGCAGCUGACCCCGCAGAAGGCGAACAACGGCCAGUCCGGCUGGGACGCUGCUGUUGCUGAGGCUUCAGAAAUAUAUAAAAAGAGAAUGCAUAUCAUAUUUUAUGACAACUGCCACUCCCAUGUGGCCACCGCACUGAACAUUAUGAACUAUGAUGGCUGCAAGAAUUGGAACAUGGUGAAACUAGCACUCUACAUGAUUCCCUACUCAAGAUAUGUUAGUUUUGGGGCAUUUCUCAAGACUUGGCUACCAUUCCUCAUCAUAGUGGCUUUCAUUUGUGGACUUGCAGCACUCAUAUAGACUGUCUUUGGAAUUGUUGGUGACUUGAAUACCAGGUGCUCUAUAGAGGGGAUGGUGACUGGAAGUGAUGAUGGUUUCAGAUCUUGUUGUUUUGGUCAGUCAGCACAAUUUCCCAAAGUUGAAAAUACCUAAAUGGACCUCUUUAAUAGGAAACAUAAGUGAUGUAAUUUACAAUAUCUACAUACUAAAAUCAGUUGUUUUUAGUCUCAUCAAAUUAAGAAUUGUAUGCUGAACAUGAUUCAUAGUCAAAAAGGUUUUCUUCCAUUCUUAUAGAACUGAUUUUUAAUUCCCCAAACAAUAAGUUAUAUCUAGGUAUUAUAUUUUGUUACCAGAUUAUUAUUAUUAAAAAGUUAUUACUAACUCACAUUUUUAGUUAAUAAUAAACAAUUUUUAUGAUUUAAAAUUUUAUUUACACCUUUGUCUUAAAUAGCUAAUUUACAAUCUGUUCAUAUUAACUUCUUGUUGGUAGUAUUAAUUAUGAAUGUAAUGUAUUCCCAGUACUGAUAAAACCAUAAUGUUUUUGAUAGCAAUUUCUUACCAGUUUUGUAUGACUCGUAUAGAUUUUAUUUAUGUGGACUGGAAACAAUGAAAACAGGACACUUCCCUCACUUGAAAUGGAGGGACAAUUCAGUGAACAUUGGUUGGUUACAUCAAAAUAAAGUAAAAAAAGAAAUAAAAUAAUAAUAUAAAAUGAUACACUAGACUAGCUACACAAUAUUGUGACUUAAAUCAAAGUUUACAUCACUAUUUUCUUCUAGAUUAAAUUUUAGUGCAUUUCUACAGUACACAGUAAUGGUACA